CCUUCAUAUUCUGGUUUUUGGACGCGACAAAAUGGCGGCCAAACGACAGCCAGUUGCUAAGGGGGGAUUAUGGAGCACACAAGCUGCUCCUGUAAGCAAAGAAACUCAAAACUUACUUAAAGUCAUGAUGGAAGAAUCUAAGCUCACAAAUUUCCAACGAAGACAACUCAAUGAAAAAUUGUCAAGCGGCCAACCUCUACCAACAACGGUAAAUCCAACAAGCAGUAGAACUCAACAGCCAAGAAAGCAUUCACCUGUUCAAAAACCUCUUCCAAUGGUAUUAAAUGCAAGGCAUUUAUCUGGAGGAAAACGAAACAAAGAAGUUAUUGAUCAAUUGCAGGAUGAACAACCAAAAGAGGAUUACAAGCCGUCGCCAGGGAUGCUUCAAGAAAUUGAGGAACGAAAACAGUUUUUAGAGGAGAUGGAAGCAGCAGGAAAGGGAGACCAAUACAAAACUAUUAUCAACACUGAAAUAUCACAAAAAAUCAGAGAACUAGAAGUUAUUGACCAAAAACGCAGUAAAGAACUGGACUCACUACUACAAGAAGACCAAUCUUGAAUAGUAUUAGUGUUGGUUAUUGUACAUACAUAUAUGUCCUUCUAAAGCUAUCCUCGAUCAUGGGAAAGCAACAAUACUUUGAGAAGACUCUUCAAUGACUGACAAUCAAAUCUUAGGGACUGUUCAUUAAUUAUGCCUUGGGAGGGGGGGGGGCUGGAGGAAAAGUAGGAGGGCUUUGAAAAAAAAUCACACAACAAAGGGGGGGCUUUAAUAGUAUUUGCUGACUUAGGUAAGGUAUGUCUAAAAGGUCACAAGGAGGGGGGGUCAAAAAAAUUUUCUUUAGAUAGAAUUGGGGGGGUUGUGAAUUCUU